AUGGCUUCUCUUGUGCUUUUGUUGUCACAACUUGUUCGUCCCCAAAAUACAAACAUGGCUUUUGUAUCCUCUUUACCUUCUUCUUCUUUUACCACUUCUUGUGUUGCUGCUGUGACUUCUUCUACUGCGCGGAAGCUAUUGCCGAAGGACAGCAACAAGUAUGAGUCAGAGAUUGAAGAUCAAAUACAGGAGCCUAGGUUUUGUGUAGACCAGCUGGCUUGGCCUUAA